AUGUUCUAUUUCUUGCUAGGCAGUGCGGUGGCCUAUAACCUAGUCAUGGUUAUCUACCGGCUUCAUUUCCACAAGCUCAGUAGGUUCCCGGGGCCUCGUCUCGCGGCCGCAAGCGGGCUGUAUGAGAUCUACUUUUCGGUCUGGGGUCCGGGCAUUUUCGACCACGAGAUUGACCUCAUGCACCGGAAGUUUGGUCCGGUUGUUCGUAUUACUCCCGAUGAAAUCCACAUCCAGGAGCCUUCCAGCUAUUCCGACGGUUGGAUCAAAGGUACGGAGGAAGUGGAACCUGGCUAUCAAGGACGCAGCGUCCAUAGUUUCCAGUACAAGAGACCGUCAAUCUCCCGAAUGCGAUGUCUACUUCGGGCGAAAGUCAAUGAGAUGAUCAACCCCUUGAUCGAGAAACACCAUGUGGAUAGAAUGUUUAGCGCAAGGUCUCGACUAUUUCUUAUCUGUCCUUGGAGUAAGAAGAAAGUUCAGUCAAUUGGAGAAAGAGAAAGUGAAAGUGAAGACGGAGGAGCUCGUUCUUUGCAGUGUUAA